AUGGAGGCCCCACAUCCCCCCGACACCGAAACCGACCACGAUACCGCUGCUCAUGCUGACGUUGAAGAAACAAAAACUGACGAAGACUCACACAUGCGACGCGACUGGAAAUUUUGGUCGAUUAUUGCGUCCCUCGCUAUCAGCCAGCUGCUCACCGCCAUAGAGUUUUCCGCCGUUAGCAUUGCUCUUCCAGUCAUCACAGAAGAUUUGAAGGGAAACAACUACAUUUGGAUAGGGUCUGCAUACAACCUCGCGUCAACUGCUCUCCUCCCCUUCUGCGGAGGCUUGGCCCAGAUUUUUGGACGAAGAAGCGUAAUGCUAGCUGCGAUUGCCAUCUUCAUGAUUGGAAGCGCGCUUUGUGGUGCUGCAAACAACAUGAACUUCCUCGUGGCUGGGCGAACUGUCCAAGGGCUCGGGGCUGGCGCUGUCGUCUCUCUCAUCCAGAUCAUCAUCUCGGACCUCGUACCACUCCAAGCACGCGGUGGUUUCACAGGUAUCAUGUCUAUGGCGUUCGGUAUCGGUGCAGGCUCUGGCCCAGUCAUUGGUGGUGCCCUUGCCGAGCGUGGACACUGGAGAUGGCUCUUCUAUAUGAAUCUCCCCAUUGGCGGUUUCUGUGCUGUCCUCAUUGCGCUAUUCGUGCAUCUCAAAACGCCCAAAGCCCCGCUUCGAGAGAAACUUCAGCGGUUGGACAUAAUUGGUAAUGCUCUUAUUGUGGCGUCAACUACUUCCAUGGUUAUUGCUUUGACAUGGGGUGGAAGUGUGUUUCCCUGGUCGUCACCUAAGGUCAUCGCGCCACUCGUCGUCGGCAUCGCAGGGUUUGGCGCUUUCCUUGUUUAUGAAGCUUUCGUUCCCCUUUACCCUAUCAUUCCCGUCUCCCUUAUGGCCACCCGCACUGCCUUCAGUGGAUACGUGCAAACACUGCUCAACGGCAUCGUUCUCUCAGCUAUCGGCUACUGGUUGCCACUAUACUUCCAAGCAUGCAAAUCUGCAUCUCCCAUCGCGGCAGGCGUCAACGGUCUUGCGAUGACAUUCAGCAUCGCUCCAAUGGCAGGUAUCGGAGGCGUCUUGGUCAACAAAACCUCCCGCUAUCGGCCCUUGAUGUGGUGCGGCUGGGCUCUGAUUGUGCUCGGUGCAGGAUUGUUGGGAAUGGUUGACGAAAACACGAAACGCGCAACACCGAUCGGAUACGAACUGCUUCUUGGAUCUGGAAUGGGGUUAAUCACAGUUGGGGCGUAUUUCCCCGUCCUGGCCCCGAUUCCCGUCACACAGUCCACGCAGGCGCUCUCGUUCCUCUUCUUCCUCCGCCAGUUCGCUUUGAUUUGGGGUGUUACCAUCGGUGGUACCAUUAUCCAGAACCGACUGGGAUCCUACCUCCCGUCAGACUUCCUAGCCUCCCUUCCUGGCGGCACCGAAGCGGUCUUCUCCAUCAUCCCAUCGAUCCAAGGGUUACAGCCGGAAUUGCGUGCGGAAGUCAAGUCCGCGUUUGCUCGCGCCUUCCAGCUUGUGUGGCAUGUUCUUGCUGCGAUUGGCGGUGCCGGUCUGCUUGUCAGUGGGCUGAUGAAGGCGCUUCCCCUGCAUACCCAGGUCGACAAAGCGUGGGGGCGGGAAGAUGCGGUGAAGGAAAAGGAGAAGGAAAAUGCGGGAGCGGCAUAG